AUGAAACGCGGCACAAAAAUUUGCGUCGGCUGCAAUAUUCUGUGCGCGGUUUGUGUGCUUCUCGUCGUCGCCGCCGUCGUCGGCACCUUCAUUUUAUUCGUACAGCAUCAUUCGAAGGAGAAGGUGAUUUGCACGAGGCACGAGGCGAUUGUCGCCGAACGGUGUGUUCAGCUCGAUUCUGAAUUGGGCGCCUCGAUUGCCGAGAUCAACGCGACCGACACAAUUCUAUUGCCGCCGUCGAACUAUAGCAAAAUUCACGGGCUCUGCGAGCAAGUCGAGGAGUGCGCCCGUCAAAUUCAUUGCAAAGAGAUUCGACGCGCAUUUUUCGAGAUGACCGUCUGCAGUUUUGUGCAUUUUUACGUCACCGAGUUUGCAGAAUGCGCGAAUAAGCUAAUCGCGAAAAAAGACGACGUUCAAUGCCUCGGCGAGCUCUUCAAUCCGAAAGAAAAAACAAUCGAUGAGAUGUGUGUAAGCUGGCGAAAAGUGACGCCGUGUGUGAAAGCAGCGAUCCGCGAGAACUGCAACGACCGUCUCGGCAUUCUCCAGAUGAGAUAUGAGAACCAAGCGCGAAAAGGCGACGCGGUCUUCUGCGAGGAUCAAGUUGCUUCAGCUCCACUCCACUGA